AGGAGGAUGCUGCGGAUCCACCAAGAAGGACACCAUCGUGGGCGGCUGGGCGUGGGCCUGGUGGUUCGUCACCGACGUCCAGCGGCUGUCGCUAGAGGUGAUGACGCUGAACCCGAUGUGCGAGAGCGUGGAGACGGCGCAGGGGGUGCCGCUGACGGUGACCGGCGUGGCGCAGUGCAAGAUCAUGAAGGCGGACGAGCUGCUGCAGACCGCCUCCGAGCAGUUCCUGGGCAAGACCGUCAAGGACAUCAAGUCCACCAUCCUGCAGACGCUCGAGGGCCACCUGCGCGCCAUCCUGGGAACUCUUACCGUCGAGGAGGUGUACAAAGACCGCGACCAGUUCGCGUCGCUGGUGAGGGAGGUGGCCGCGCCUGACGUGGGCCGCAUGGGCAUCGAGAUCCUGUCCUUCACCAUCAAGGACGUGUACGACGAGGUGCAGUACCUGGCGUCGCUGGGCAAGGCGCAGACGGCCGCCGUCAAGAGGGACGCGGACAUCGGCGUCGCGCAGGCUAACCGCGACGCUGGCAUCCGGGAAGCAGAAUGUGAAAAGUCAGCCAUGGACAUAAAGUAUACGACUGACACGAAAAUUGAGGACAACUCUCGAAUGUUCAAGCUGCAAAAGGCCAACUUUGACAAAGAAGUCAACACCGCUAAAGCGGAGGCACAGCUGGCCUACGAGCUGCAGGCAGCAAAGAUCCGCCAGCACAUCCGUAACGAGGAGAUCCAGAUCGAGGUGGUGGAACGGCGCAAACAGAUUGAGGUUGAAGCGCAGGAGGUGGAGCGCAAGGAGCGGGAGCUCAACGCCACUGUGCGUCUGCCUGCCGAGGCGGAGAGCUACAAGGUGCAGACCAUCGCAGAGGGCAAGAGGACCCAGACUGUGGAAGUGGCCAAAGCAGAAGGAGAGAAGAUAAAGCAGAUUGGAGCAGCAGAAGCAUAUGCUAUAGAGAGUGUGGGAAAAGCAGAGGCUGAGCGCAUGCGUAUGAAGGCAGCUGUCUACAAGCAAUAUGGUGAUGCUGCCAUCAUGUCCCUCGUAUUGGAUGCCUUACCUAAGAUUGCAGCAGAGGUGGCAGCUCCACUGGCAAAGACAGAGGAGAUUGUGCUGCUCGGUGGUGAGUCAAAGGGAAUAGCUGAGGUAACCAGACUGGUUGGGCAGAUACCACCUGCAGUGCAUGCUGUAACAGGAGUGGACCUCUCAAAGGUCCUAAGUAAGGUCCCAGGUGCUAAAUAAUACAGGGAGCAAACCAGCUGCAUAACUGCACCGUACAGUGAUUCUCAUUAAGAUAGAAUCUCUACUUCUUUUAAAUUUCUGAAAACAAGGGAUCAAAAAGAAGUAAUGGGAAAGUUUAUUAGAACUCUAAACAUAAGCCUUCUUCCUCAGGUAUUUUGUCUGGCGCCUAGAUGAAUGUAAAAUUUAUACAUCCUAAUUGCUUGCUGUAUGUACAUCCAUAAUUCAAAUUAUUCAAAAGUAUGUCUACAAUUACAAAAGACAUUGUGUGAAAUAUUUUUAUUUCAAAAUUAUUACACGGUUUGUUAUAGUAACAGACCAGUCUUUCAACAGCUUAUCCAAAUCAUGAAGCACAAGUUUCUAAAUACUAAAUGCCAAGCAAAAAUUCUUAUGAAAUUCCCAUAUUAUCUGUUCUUAUUCAUAUCUCUCUUGAAAACUGAAUAACACAAGUAAAAUCUGACAUUUAAUCAUGAUUAUCAAAUUUUCUAAUGCUACAUGCAAAAUUAGCUUCAUUAUGCACCCAUAUGAUAGACUGUUAUAUAGAUUCUCGUGGAUGAAUGCUCAUUGUUUUCAUUUAUUUUGUUAUGUUUGUGCCUGAAAGGACUGCUCAAAUUUUUAAAUUGUACUUCAGCUGCUGUCACUAUUGCAGCACAUUUCAGAAAGUUAAUCACAUAAUUAAUCUAUGCUUAUGGGCACAUUAUGACUGCCCCCUUUUAGUGAGCAUAAUUCACACAGAGCACUCAUCACAGUUUUUUCCCUACUGCCAGGCUGUUAUGUGUGUAAGAUUUCAAUUUCAAGGACUUAACAAGUAGCAGAUGUUUUGCAGAAAUAGUGUGCCUUUAUCCCUUAAAUAAUUUAAACUGAUAUAUUUACUUUCUUGUUCACAAAGACUCCAUUUGUUCCAUACUGAUAACAGUAGUAUCAGGUACAUCAACAAAUAUUUUUAGCAACUUUCUGGAAGUCUGUUGUAAUAAAUUAGAUAAUAAUACUUUCUUGUGAAAUUUUUAGAAAAAAAUUGCGCAGUAUAUUUUUACAACUCUAAUUUUUUCAAAGAACUUUGUUAUUGGUAAAUUUCCUCAUAAAAUGUUUGUAACAUGCAUAACAUACACUUUGUGCUAUUAUGAAUCUUUCCAAAUUCUUGCAGUAUUUUAUGUGCAAGUUCAUUGAAAGUACUUACUGUUUUUUUUUUUCUGGUGUGACAUGUACAGAGGUAUAUAUAUAUAUAUAUACAACAGCAGUAAAUAAUGAGACACUAUUGCUCUCUGGAAAACUGCUUAUUUCAUAAUGAAAUAUUAAAAGCUAUAUCACAAAAUUGUAAAAAUUAUGUUUAAAAGACUUAAUAAAUGGUAAUUUUAUCAUGGCUCACUUAAAAACAGCUACUGCUUUUUUAGUAGUUAAACACUCCGACAAAAAGUAAAUGCAUUUGAGGUGGCUUCAUCACUCUCUUUAUGAACUGUUUACUCAUCUCUAUCAAUGCAAAACACUAAUGAUUGAUUUAUACUAUGAUUUUAAUAGAUUUAACAAAAGCCUUGUUUUUAUCAUCUGUAUGGAGAGAAAAAUAGGUUGAUGUUAAGUCCUUGAAAAUUAAGGUUUAUCUCCUGGGCAUAGUGUGUAAGGUUUUAAUUGUUAGAAGUGCUCUGUUUGAAUUAUGUUAAGAUUUGUAAAGAAUUUAGCUAAGAAUAGUAGUAUGCCUUCCAAGGCUAACAAAAUUGUUGACGAGCACUGCCACAAGUUAUAGCUUUUUCUGGAUUCAUAUUAUUCAGCAGCUACUUUUCUGCUGUUACUGCAUGAAGUGAUGGAUGCAUUUAUGUACCUUAUUCUAUAAAACUGGUGAAACAGCUGCAGCACUGCCUACUAAAGUGAUGCUUAUUUUCCUGUGUGUAUUGUACAGUCACAAAACUUCGGUGCCUACAGCUUUUAUUUUGAAUAUCUGAAGACAAUGACAUGAACCAAGAAAAUGUAUAUAAUGGAAUUCAACAAUAAGUAAAAAAAAUGAGAAAUAUAUUUCAGACAAAAACAGUCACUGAAAAUGCAGAUACUAAAAUUAUUGCCAAUUAUGAUGUUGGAAAUAAGACAUUUAGUGUAUAUUUUUAGUAGGAGGAAAAAUGUACAUAAAAAGUAGUACUAAAAUUUUAUAUACACAUAUUUUCAAUGUAUAGUUAAUAACUUAAUUUUUUUAAUAAACAUUUCUCUCAGUAUGGAAUCAGAUAAUUGCCAAAUACAGUGUACGGUCCUUUUUUUUAAAAAAAAAAUUAGUUGUUCUAUACUGCUGAUGAUAUUAAAAUACAAAGAAAAUGUAACAAAUAUUUCAGUAUAAUACUCAGACGCCUUCCUGUACCUUCAAGUAGAUACAACUUUAGUCUUGAAGAAACUGUAUAUUUUAUGUUAAAAGCUGGACUAUAUGUAAUUGUAUUUGGAGAUGAAUAUUAUCUGAAGUCAAGAAAUAAUGUAAGGCUGCAGGAUGUAAGAUUUGUUUGUAUUUCAUUGGUCAUCUAGAGAUGUUAUAAGCCAAAAGAUUGUAGGUAUUAUUGGUGUUUUGUAUUGCAAGCAAUAAUUUUUAUUACACUGACAUUAAUUUUUCUGUCUAUACCUUCAUGGACACUUGAGCCUGAUUAUUUUUGUAUAAGCUCACAAACUUUUUCCCACUUCCAGCCCUUGGCUCCUGUAUUUUUAUUUUCGUGUUUUAUUCAUUUCCUGUUAUCUGUACCAGAAGCAUGAGACAUACAAUAAAGAUACAAUGUGCAUAAUGAAGAA